GAAAUAGAACACCAAGUCUGAGAGCAGUGAGAGAGUGAACUGCUUUUCAGUAACAUCAGAAAAUGUCAGAAGAUUUGAAGAAAAGAUUAGAGUUUCCAAACCCUCUCAUUCAGACCCAGGCUGUUGGUCAUCUAAUAGCUUCUGUGCUGAAAGAAAAUACUUUCUCAGACAUUAUAAAACAAUCAUCAAACCAGACUCCUGCCCUAAAUGUUCUCUGGGAAAAAUGCUGCUGUGAUGAUGUGGUUGUGAGGACAGCAUGUUGUGGGGCCUUGGUGACACUGGUAGAGCAGAAACAUGCAGAUUUCACGUAUGUCUUCAAUGGAAUUCUUAACCUCUUCCCUUCUGCAAAAAAUGUCCAGGGAUUGGUGAAGUGCAUUUGGCAGCUGCUUCACACUGAAGCGAAGGAUGCAGAGAAAAGCAAGGAGCACAUACAAAAAAGCAUUUACAAGAUCUGGAAUCCUCCGCAUCCAUUAAUCAGCAUGUUAGAAAACAGACCCGAUUCCUGGCCUGCUCUCCUGCAGCAGAUGUCUGCCAUCUCUUCACAGUGUUCAGAUCGGGACCAGCCUUCUAGUGUCUAUAUUUUGACACCUUUUCUGAGGUAUCUGUAUUGUGAGCCUUCACAGCUACAAGAUUACUCUACCUUAAGAUUGGGAAUCCGGAAAGCUCUUCUACAUUCAGAAAGUGCUUGUAGCACUCGGAGACCCUCAGAUUUGGAAGAGCAAAUCCUUCGCCUGUUCUUUGACAUUGUAGGCUACAUGCAAGUGAUGGUUCUUGAUUAUAAGGAUGUUUACUCUGAGCCUGAUGAACGGGAGCCUGCGCGGCUCUGA